CAUGACGGCCACACCAAGCCCUAACAUGACGGCCACACCAAACCCUAACAUGACGGCCACACCAAACCCUAACAUGACAGCCACACCAAGCCCUAACAUGACGACCACACCAAGCCCUAAUAUGACGGCCACACCAAGCCCUAACAUGACAGCUGUGCCAGGCCAUAACAUGACAACAACGCCGGGCCCUAACAUGACAACCACAGCUCAACCCGCAACAACUGCAGCAAAACUGGAGCCCAACACCACAGUAGAAUCUUUGCAGGGCGCAAUCUCUAGGACAGAUUGUGGGAAGAGCGAGCUGUGUGCAGCUCAGCCUGAGGACUGUGACCCAUCAGAGGCAGGCUCCUGUUUCUUUGUCUCUGCUAAGCGGACCAAUGGCCAAAAUUUUGAGUUUGCACUAGCAGGCGAGUCAGAUGGUUACGUUGCUGCUAGCCUGUCUACCGACACUGCACUGGGAGGGAACGACACCACCUACGUGUGUGCAAAUAACAAUGGCAUGGUCCAGUUCUUCGGCGCUGUCUUGAACAACAACGUCUUCAUGAAGACAGAGCUAAAUGUAAACUCUGUGAAGGGACGUGUCACUGGAAACAAGAUCGAAUGUACCUUCGCUGCCACUGUACCUGUCUCCCGAAACAGAGCAUCCCUGAGCUUCUCCAUGGCCGUCUCCACUGGAUCUUUCAACAAUGGUACUCUGGGAAAACCUAACACCAGAAUCCAAACCAACAUUGUGGAUUUAUCAAACUCCAAUAGCACCGUAACCAACCAGAUUCAAACCACUACCGUCACACCUACCACCACACCUAGUGGCGCUGUUGUACUCCAGCAAUCCCUGUCUCAAGCUCUGAUGAUCUCUUUGGGAGUGCUGAUCCUGGCCAUGCUAUGAGGAAAGGGAGGACCGUAACACACUAAUGGAAACUGAUGACACCAGGCUUGGGAAAUUAUUAGAAUUUGCCAAUGCAAAUAUUUGCAGUUUCUACAUCUGAAAAGUAUCCCUGACAGAAAAGAUUGUCGUCGAUCAACUGUGGGGUUCUGACGACGAAUCACAGAUGUGAAAAUGUUGCUCUAAAUACUAAAUUCACACAUGAAUUACAUAUGAAGUGUAAUUGAAAUUAAGGCUCGCACUCAAAUUGUUAUCAACUUGUAGGCUAAAGGAAAGCGUGAAGAAGUUGCUUUCUGCAUUAUGAACCUAUCAAAAACCGAUGCAUCUGUGAUGUUUUAUGUGAUGUAAAAGAAAUUAUUCUUUGACAUAUUGUGUAAUUUCAUCUUUUAAGGUGUUGUCAGAAUCCUAAAUGUGUAGUUUGCCAUCAGGUGAAAAUCUUUAACUGUGAAAUCUAUAGACUACUAUACUGCUAACCUUCCUUCUAGUGGCCUGCGAUUCAUCAGAAAAGCCUUGUUGUAAAUGUUAAACACGCCUAGGCAUUAAUCAAUAAAAUAAGGGUGGAUAUUCAUGGCAACAACAAAAAAAGUCGUAGAAAAAAAUAGUUUUCCGAAACUCGAAAUGUUCAACUCAGAACAGCAAAUUGAGAAACUAUCUUUCCAACCAAAGCUUCUUCUCUCUUUUUAACCUGUUGAACUGUCUCAGAUGUAGCCCUAAGGGCAUCCAGUAUCAGAUAGUUAGAUGGGAAGCAUGUUGACUCAGGCCUGAUAGCACUGUCCAGGGUGUGAAUCCGGCCACAGGACCAUUGCCGCAAUUGUGCUCGUUACACUGUGUUUUGUGUCUCCCUCUACAGUAUAGUCAAACAAACAAAUUGGGAUAAUUGCAAAAAAAUUAGCCCAUCAUGAAGGACUUUGCUAAUAUUUUUGUGUGUAUGCUACA